AUGUUUGUUAAAAUGGCUGCGAAUAAUUAUUUUGGUUUUACUCAUGGUGGAACACAAUAUAGUGCUGCUACUGGAGCUGCCUAUCAAACUGGCCAAGCUGGAUAUGCUGUAGCAACUCCAGCUACUGCAGCUGCUACCUACGGAACCCAAAGAGCUGGAUACGAUCAAGCUUAUCAAGCAGCAGCAGCAGCUUCACAAGGUACCUAUGCUGCUGUUGGUGCAGGUGCAACUCAAGCCUAUGAAUAUGGAUAUGGACAACCUACAGCUGCAGGUUACACAACUGCAUAUGAUCAAGCUGCAGCUGCUGCUGCUGCAGCUGUUAAACCUGCAACUUAUGCAACCACAUACACACAAAGACCACAGCAAACAGCACAAGUAGUGACUGCUGCAAAACCAGCCCAGUAUACAGCCUCUUACCAGGCAAAUCCAACAGGUUAUCAGGCCACAUAUGCUCAACCAGUUGUACAGACUACUACCCAUGCAACAACACAAGCUAAACAAGCUAAUUCGGCACCGACAUGUUCAGGCUAUGACGCUGCCCUCUAUUCCGCAGCUAGCAUGUAUGUGGCGCAGCAGUCGGCGGCUGCGGCGGCGGUAGCGGCAGCGGCGGCGGGCGGGGCGCAGCAGAAGGCCGCCCAAGGUGCCGGGUGGCAGUUCAAGAAGAGCGGCUUCGGGGCGAAGAACGUGCGCUCGAAGCAGCCGCCCAAGCCGCAGCAGCUGCACUAUUGCGACGUGUGCAAGAUAAGUUGUGCUGGCCCACAAACCUACAAAGAACAUUUGGAAGGUCAAAAACACAAAAAACGCGAGGCUGCUACCAAAAUGUCUGCAUCCGUUGCGGUGACAACUCAGAAUCGUGCUGGAAACUCCCUUAGAUGUCAACUAUGCGACGUUACAUGCACAGGUAACGACGCUUACGCCGCCCACAUCAGAGGCUCCAAACACCAAAAGGUCGUCCUUUUGCACACCAAGCUGGGCAAGCCGAUCCCCACGCAGGAGCCGGAAGUGAUCGGCGGCACCAAGAAAUCGAUCGCCGCCGCCCCGAAAAUCAACUUCGUGCCCUCGGGCGGGCUGGGCGUGACCGCCAACAAUGGCGAAGCGGCCGCCAAAGAGGACGAGGAUGAGGUGCCAGAGCCGGACAUCCAGCCUGUCGGGCAGGACUAUAUCGAGGAGAUCAAAGGCGAUGAUGGCAAGAUGAUCAGUUUCAACUGCAAAUUGUGCGAGUGCAAAUUCAACGAUCCGAAUGCCAAAGAGAUGCACAUGAAAGGUAGAAGACAUCGUUUGCAAUACAAGAAAAAAGUCAAUCCCGAACUGGUCGUCGAUGUUAAGCCUUCUUUGAGGCAAAGAAAAAUACAAGAAGAAAAGAUGCGCAGAGCUGUGCUAAGAGAGGAGUUUUGGGCCCGUCGUCAUUACCCUGACAACGAGGAAGCUUAUUGGGAUGGUAGAGGUUACGGGGACGACUACGGACACGGAAAUAUGGGUCCCUACCCGAGAGGUAGACCGUACCCAGGAGCACCACCACCGUUCUUCCAAGGAGGCGGGGGACAGCCGCAACGCCGCCCAGACUCUAGCGACGACAAGCACGUGACAGCACGCCACUCUGAGAUCUAUCCCAAGGAGGAGGAGCUGCGCGCCGUGCAGCGCUUGGUGUCGCACGCCGAGCGUGCCCUCAAGAUCUGCUCCGAUCAAAUGGCGGAGGCCGCUAAGGCGAAGGACGGGAAAGCGGCGGCCGUAACAGGGAAGGUGGAUUUCGAGCAGCAGAAGGAGGAUGGACGAGAUAAUCAGUUAUUCUCGUUCCAACAAGAAGGCGACUUGGCUCCCAGGACCCUCAAAGGCGUCAUGCGCGUCGGCCAUCUCGCCAAAGGCCUUUUGCUCGCCGGCGACACCAACGUCGAACUCGUGGUCUUGUGCGCCGACAAGCCCACGCUAACCCUGCUCAAGAAAGUGGUCGAGCUGCUGCCGCCUGCCCUCAAGCGCGUUGCCCCGGAUCGCGCGUACGCCGUAACGAUCAACGCGCCCGAGGCGGGACUGGUGAUCGGUGCCGAAGGGAUGACGGUGCUGGUGCAAUUCACCAGUCCGGUGAUCAGAGAGCAGCAAGAAGCUGCGAGCGGCGGGUUCGACAGGGAUGUUCUCUCACGCGGCAAGUGUCUCCAGGCGCUGGCAGCCCUCAGACAUACCAAAUGGUUCCAGGCUAGGGCAUUGGGUCUACAUUCCUGCGUGAUCGUCAUUCGCAUCUUGAGAGAUUUAUGCCAGCGCGUUCCCACUUGGUCGCCGUUGAGUCCAUGGGCCAUGGAAUUGCUAGCAGAGAAGGUGGUAUCGUCUGCCCCGGGCCAGUCGCAGUUGUCGCCCGGAGAUGCCCUGCGCCGCGUGAUGGAAGCGGUGGCCAGCGGGCUGCUCUUGCCCGGAGGGCCCGGAUUGGCUGAUCCGUGCGAGAAGGACGGGCCGGACGCGACGGCGUCCUUGAACGCGCAACAGCGCGAAGAUUUGACUUGCUCGGCGCAGUACGCGCUGCGUUUGAUCGCCUACAGACAGAUUUAUAAGGUACUGGGCAUGGAUCCAUUACCUAGUCCACAAAAAGCAUUCAGAAAGGAUAGAUUUGGAAGGAAACGUCGACUAUCAGGAAGUGUACAAGAAGGAACUGGAAAUGACACUGGAAAAAUGGUGAAGACAGAAGGUACAUAG